UUUAAAACUUUUCCUUAAAUAACUUCAUAUCACACUCUACACAACUCCAAAUUCAUGUAGGCCCCAUUUCUAGUCAUACCUUUGACCAACCCAAUAACAAUUUUCUUUUUCCUUUUCUUUUCCAAAACAAAACCCAUAAAAAAAUCCCAAUCACAUUCUCCAACACCACACCCAUUGCUGGAUUAACCCUCAUAAAUGUCACACGUGUGGGCUUCCUCAAGUCAGAAUAAAAACACCCUCUCCCCCUCUUCAUUCCUUGCCAAACACAAAUACUUGUUUCUAUAAUUUCAAAGUCCAAAUGAGAGAAAGAAGAAUUCCGGCGAGGAUUCCGGUUGAACCAUUAGAAUCUGCCGGAAUCCAAAUCCCCUACCAUUUCCGGUGUCCGAUUUCACUGGAAUUGAUGCAAGACCCGGUUACUGUUUGUACGGGUCAAACUUACGACCGGUCAAGUAUUGAAGCUUGGGUUGCUACCGGGAAUACUACGUGUCCGGUUACCCGGGUCCCACUCGAUGAUUUUAGUCUCAUACCUAAUCAUACUCUUCGCAGGUUAAUUCAGGAAUGGUGUGUUUCAAAUCGGGCUUUUGGUGUUGAACGGAUCCCCACUCCUAAACAACCCGCGGACCCGUCUUUAAUCCGUUCUUUAUUGAACCAAUCUUCCUCCGGUUCAAACCCGAUUCAGAAUCGUAUUUCAGCUUUGAGGCGACUCAGAGGACUCGCUCGUGACUCGGAAAAGAAUCGUUCCAUCAUUUCAUCGUUUAAUAUAAGGGAUACCCUGGUAAAUAUUUUAUUUAAUAACUCCGACGAGUCCGAUUCCGAGUCUGACUCGGUUUCGUCUGAGUUAAAAUACGAGUCGCUUUCUCUUCUGGCAAUAUUCCCAUCAUCGGAUUCCGAUUGUAGUGCAAUUGCAUCUGACCCGUAUAAGGUGGGGUAUUUGGUGAGCCUACUUUUCCACCCGUCUUCAAUCGAUAUCCGAGUCAACUCAGCCGCGUUAAUUGAGUCAAUAAUCGCAGGAACAAAAUCGUCCGAUUUAAGAUCGUUUAUUUGCGAUUCCGAUGAAAUUUACGUUGGUGUUAUCUCACUUCUUACAAACCCAAUUCCUUCCCCACGCGCUUUAAAAAUCGGUGUGAAAACACUCUUCGCUCUCUGCCUAAGCAAACAACACCGUCACAAAGCAAUUACCGCCGGUGCAGUUAACGCGCUCAUUUCUCGGUUAACGGAGUUCGAUAAAUGCGAUUGCGAACGCGCACUUGCCACCGUCGAACUCUUAUGUAGGGUCCCACAAGGCUGUAGCGCGUUUGGUGCACACGCUCUGACUGUCCCUCUUUUAGUGAAGUUGAUUCUUAAAAUCUCAGAUAGAGCCACUGAGUAUGCAGCCGGCGCGUUGCUAUCCCUCGCUUCUUCGUCGGAAAGAUUACAAAGAGAGGCGGUCAACGCCGGAGUGUUGACUCAGUUGUUGUUGUUGGUACAGAGCGAUUGUACCGAACGCGCUAAAAGAAAGGCACAAAUGUUGUUGAAGUUGCUCCGUGAUUCUUGGCCUGAAGAAAGUAUUGGGAAUUACUCUGAUGAUUUUAACUGCAGCGACGUCGUUCCGUUUUGAUUAUGGCGGAGGGAUUUUAUUUUUUGGAGGGAGGAAUAUUUAUUUUUAUUUUAUUUAAUUGAUUAGGUGGUUUUUUAAUUAUUAUUAUUGGAUAAAUGGGGGG